AAAAAAUGAUAGAAAAAAUUAACAGACUACCUAAUUUACUACUUUAAAAGGACAUGCUUGAGCACCCACCAUUACGCCUAAAGUCCAGAGCCCCCAUAUGGCAGACAGAAAUAAACAAUGAGACUACAGAGUGCCUAUGGAAAAGAAGAUGGAGUCAAACAGAAACUCGUAACCAAGACCUGAUUAAAGAACCGUCCAUAAAAGUGCCUGGCUGGGAUUUUAAAAGGGCACAGUGGACAACACUCAAUCGUAUCAGAACCGGGCAGGGAAGAUGCAACUACCUACUGCAUAAAUGGGGCAUGGUUGACUCACCACUGUGUGAAUGUGGUGAGAUACAGAAUAUCACGCACAUCGUGGAGACGUGCCCUUUCACAAAGUUUGAAGAUGGGCUGGUAAAACUGCACGAGUGUGGCCCGGCCGCAGCGAAAUGGCUUGAGGAACUUGUUGUGCAAUUAUAACUUUUAACUUAUUAUUAUUAAAUCUUUUACUGUGUUAAAAAUAAAUUUACCUAUCUAUUAAUCUAUUAUAUAUUUUA